AUGAUCAACGAUGAAAACAGUGCCGCGUCUGCGUCAAACAAUAACGCAUCAGCAGUGGUAAAGUUACCCGAUUUUUGGCCUAAAAAGAUAGCCUUGUGGUUUACUCAAGUGGAGAUUGUAUUUUCGCUAAAUCGGAUAACCAAAGAUGACACAAAGUACAUGCACAUCGUCAGCCAGCUAAGCCCACAAUACUUGGACGAAAUCGAGGAUAUUCUUAUGCAUCCACCAGCAGAAAAUAAGUGUGAGACCAUCAAGGCGGUGCUCAUUAAACGAUUAUCCGAUUCGGAUGCAGCCAAAGCACAACAACUUCUCAAGAGGGAAGAAAUUGGCGAUAGAACGCCGGGUCAGUUUUGGCGGCAUAUGAAAAAGCUUGCUAAUAGUAAACUGCAAGACGAUUUACUGAUUGAGCUAUGGAAGAGCAGACUGCCCAUUCGGACCCAGGAAGUGAUAACUGCCCUGGAUCAAACGGAUGGCGAAGAACUAGCUGAAAUCGCUGACCGAAUCCAUUUCAUGCCACCAACUAAUAGCCGAGUUGCAGCGAUAGAGUCGCUGCAAUCUCCCUCUAUAUGCGACCAAUUUACGAAAAUAAUUGAAGGGAUGGAAGCUAUGCAGUUGGAGGUUAUAAGUGCCAUAACGAAAAAUAGCACGCCGAAUCGCAGUAGAUCCCGAUCCAGAUCCCAGAGGAAUAACCGGGGUCGCAGCAACUGCCGUCGUCAAUUCGCGACCUGUUAG